AUGGCCGACUCGAAGCUGCUGGUGCCGGAGCUGAACGAUGCAGAGACGAUGGGCGCUGAGACGUCGCGUUUCGAGGAGCUGCUGCUUCAGGCCUCCAAGGAGCUCCAGCAAGCCCAGACAAGCAGACCAGAAUCCACACAGAUACAGCCUCAACCUGGUUUCUGCAUCAAGACCAACUCAGCUGAAGGGAAGGUUUUCAUCAACAUCUGUCACUCUCCCUCCAUCCCUCCGCCGGCUGACUUGACUGAGGAUGAGCUGCUUCAAAUGCUGGAGGAAGACCAGGCUGGGUUUCGCAUUCCCAUGAGUUUGGGAGAGCCACAUGCGGAAGUGGAUGCAAAAGGCCAGGGUUGUACCGCCUACGACGUAGCUGUCAACAGCGACUUCUUCCGGAGGAUGCAGAACAGCGAUUUCUUGCGAGAGCUCGUGAUCACCAUCGCCAGGGAGGGCCUUGAGGACAAAUAUGGCCUGCAGCUGAAUCCAGAGUGGCGCAUACUGAAGAACAGACCUUUCCUGGGCUCCAUCUCCCAGCAAAAUAUCCGCUCCCAGCAGCGUCCUCGGAUCCAGGAGCUGGGGAACCUGUACACGCCCAGCUCCCCGAGACCUGAGGCAUGCCCUGAGAAGCCUCACCUGAGCCUUUGGCUGGAGGCCCCUGACCUCCUCUUGGCCGAAAUCGACCUCCCCAAGCUGGAUGGUGCUCUGGGGCUGUCGCUGGAAGUCGGGGAGAAUCGCCUGGUGAUGGGGGGCCCCCAGCAGCUGUACCAUCUGGAUACCUACAUCCCCCUGCGGAUCAACUGUGAUGAGAGCAAGGCAGCCUUCCAUCAGAAGAGAAAGCAAUUGAUGGUGGCGAUGCCCCUUCUGUCAGUGCCUUCUUGA